AUGCCACGUAAACCCGACCCCGUAGUGGAGGCUCACUUCUCGGAAGCUCCUCCUAAUAUGAGAAUGAAGUAUUUCAAGAUACUCCGGAAGGCGGAACAUACGUGCUUAUCUAUGCGGGAAUCCAACGCACAAGCUAAACGAGAGCAAGCCCAAAAAGCCAUUGCCUUCGACAAAACACAGAGUACUUUAUGUGGAUCGAAGAAGGGAGGAUUCAGUGCUUCCUUCGUCAAGAAAGCGGACGACGCCUUCGUUAAUUUGGUGUGUGCCGACCUUAUUAGUGCCAACACUCUGAGAUCCGCACAUUUCAAGCGUGCAAUUUCAGCUGCAAUGAAAGUAGGAACUUCAUACAAGCUCAUCACGCCAGAAACAGUUAUGGGUGACAAACUCGUAUCCGCAACAAUGCGAAUUCGUAGUGCAUGA